AAAAAAAAAAAAAAGACAGAACCUCUGUGAGAAGGUGUUUUCGUCCAAAAAAAGGGAAACCCUUGGCCACAAAUUCCCUCCCUCGAAGACGCAAUGCCCGGACGACAAUCUCACGGACGCUCGCUGCUCGACCAGCCCAAGGGCAAGGGCAAGGGGAAAAAACCACAACAGCAGCAGCAAGGGGGCCGCAAACCUGGCUCCCGCGCCACUGCGCUCGACGCCUUCGCCAUCGCAGCCAGGGAACUGCCGACCAAGUCUGGGAUCCGGGGCACCAGGGCGCGCGACCUCGACUUUGAACCCAAUCAGCGAAAGCGGGGACGGGACGAGGAGGACGAAGACGGUGACGAGGAUGGGGAUGACGACGACGAGGACGAGUCGGCGGAGCGGCGGAAGAGGGCCAAGAGGGGAGGUGGUGGCGCCGACGACGAUGUCGAGUACGGCAGCGACAGCGAAGGCAACGAGUUCAUGAUGGGCGAGGUCGACGAGGACGACGAUUCCGAGAUCGACAGUGACGAGGCGUUUGGGGAGAGUGAUGAGGAUAGGUUCGAUGGAUACACGUUCCGGGGCAGUAGUUCAAACAAGAAGCCUGCCAAGAGGAAGUCAAAGAGGGAUGACGACAGUGACGAGGAUGAGGAAGAGGAAGAAGAUGAUGAGGAUGAUGAGGAUGGGUCGUCACUUGGCGAGGAUGCAAUCGACUUGGCAGCCGCGCUGGACCAGAUGUCUGACGAUGACGAUGGUUCAGAGGGGGACACCGAGUCUGGCUCGGAAGAGGGCGAUGACGACGACUCUAGCUCCGACUCGUCCAUGUCUGACGAUGACGACCAGGACCCAUCCAAGCUGGAUGCGCUGCAGAGCCUCGCUACUGGCUUUGCGGGCAAUGUCGACGACGAUGAACCGAUCAGCAGAACUAGCGGCAAGGCAAAAGUCAACCUCAGUGAUCUCACCUCGACAGCCACCAAAGAACCCAGCAUGAAGAAGACGCUCAAGCAGCUGCACAAAGACUCCAAAGCAGGAGAGAAGCCCGGGAGCUCGCAAAAGCUGGAUGUGCCGUUGGCCAAACGACAGCAGGACCGCCUCUUACGCAUCACUGCAGCGGAGCAAGCACACAAGACUCUCGACAGGUGGCAAGACACGGUGAAGAACAACCGCCGGGCCGAGCACCUGGUCUUCCCCUUACCGGAUACACAGCACGACGCCGGCCUCAGCAAGACAGAACUCGCCCCGCUCGACAAGAAGAGCGCGGGCAACGAGCUGGAGCAGACCAUCCUUUCAAUCAUGGAGGAGAGCGGUCUCGGACCCAGCACAAAGGCGGAACGCAAGGCCGACGCCGAUGGGGCAGCGACUCAGUCCAUGACCCAUGAAGAGCGGCAGGAGCUGCAGGCCCAGCGAAGGCGCGAGCGAGAGCUCAAGUCCCGCGAGCAAGCCCGCGCGGCACGUAUCAAGAAGAUCAAGAGCAAGGCGUAUCGUCGUGUUCACCGCAAGGAAAAGCAAAGGGCCCUCGAGCUCGGUGAGGAGGGCGAGGGCGAGCUUCUCGACUCGGAAGAGGAGCGGGAGGCACAGCACCGCGCGCGAGCAUUGGAGCGCGUUGGCGCAAAGCACCGUGACAGCAAGUGGGCAAGGUCGACCAAGAAGGCCGGCAUUGCUGGCUGGGACGAGAACGCGCGCACGGGCCUGAUAGAGAUGGCACGUCGUGAUCAGGAGCUCCGCAGGCGGGUCGAGGGCCGAGGCAAAUCUGGUGAUGGUGACAGCGAGGACGAUGACUCGGAAGAGUACAGUGAUUCGGACGAUGAGGACGGGCGCAAGAGACUGCUCCUCCAGCUGGAGAAGGCAGAGGCUGCUCAAGAUGAGCCUCAGUCCGAGCUGAUGAAGAUGAAGUUCAUGCAGCGCGGCGAGGCGGUGCGGAAAGAGGCCAACGACGCAUUGGUUGCCCAGCUUCGUCGGGAACUAAACUCGGAAGACGAGCCUGAUGAAGAUGACGAGGAGGAGCCGACAGAGAUUGGACGCCGGGUCUAUGGUGGCGCCAACGCUACUCAACCAAAAUCGAAGAAGAGCGUUUUUGAAACGAAAGCGGGCGAUGAUCAACCACAAAAGUCGAAAGCUGCCUCCUCAAAAGUGGUGAACCCAUUUGUUUCGGCAUUCUCAGCUCCGUCGGCCCAGGCCGACGAAUCGGAGCCCGGGGCGGCAGGCAGCUGGUCACGCGCCGGUGCUGCCAAAAAGGCAGAAGGAAAGUCUGACAAGCGAAGAAAGGCAGCCGCCGGCAGAGCAGAAGAUGCAGCCUUGGAUAUUGACAACACGGUCAUGGCGAAACAGGUGGUUGUCAAGGCCAAGAAGCCCAAGGCGGCCACAGGCACCACCACCACCACCGCUGCCGACGCCGACACCUCGGAUUCCGAGGCCGAGGCCGAGCUGCACAUGCCCCUCGGGAUCCUGGACAAGGAGCUGGCGGACCGCGCCUUUGCCGGCGAGGAUCUCGUCGCGUCCUUUGAGCAGGAGAAGACGGCAGUCGAGGAGGAAGACGACGACAAGAUCAUCGACAACACCCUCCCCGGCUGGGGCAGCUGGGGCGGUGCGGGAGUCAGCAACAGGCAGAGGAAGAACCAGAAAAAAUUCCUGACAAAGGUCGAAGGCGUCAAGAAGAAGAACCGCAAGGACGCCAAGCUCGAGCGGGUGAUUAUCAGCGAGAAGCGUAUCAAAAAGAACGACAAAUACCUCGCAUCACAACUACCGCACGAGUAUGAAAACAAGGACCAGUACGAGCGCUCGCUGCGACUACCCGUAGGACCCGAGUGGACCACCAAGCAGACGUUCCAGAACGCGACCAAGCCUAGGAUCCUGAUGAAGCAGGGCAUCAUUGCGCCCAUGGCCAAGCCCAUGUCACGAUAAGUGUUGUACUUAGAUAGGCAACGGCCUUAGGGUGCGUGGGGGAGGUCUGUUUUAAUAAACUCAGAUAUUAAAUAUAUAUACCCUUUUGGCCAGUUUUUUUAUAUGGCCUUUAGCUAUAAAUGAAAUCAUGUGAAUACUG